AAAGAGACUUUUGUAGCCAUGUAACUAUAGUCUUGUGUGGAGUAUUUCCUUCCCUAAUAACUUGACCUGUGCAUGAACCUACUUUUUACUUUCAUUUUCUAUUUUUACUGCCUUCUGUGGUUUGCGCAUUUAUGACUUCCUGUUAUCAUCUAGUAAAAAUAGCGUGUGUACUGUAAUAAUAUGACUAAAACAAAAGGGGAAUUCCAAAUUUUGCAACAUCUACAGCUAUGAAAGUUCUCUGCAGUUCUCUUAUAGGCUAGUCCCACCCUAAUAGAAGAACAGCUGAGAGAAGAGAAACAGAAAGCAGUCCCACUCGGCUGUCUGACUUUGCAACAAAGUUCAUCAAGUGAUUUGUCUUUUCAUAGCAGUCCUGAGUCAACAUCAUGGCAUUUGGAGACAUCAUGAAAAUUGACACCACCGGGGCAUCACAGAUGACAGCGCAACAGGACAGAUUAACCGUAAAGGGUGUUGAAGCCUCCAGAAAACUUGCUGAGCACGAUCUGCCCCAGAUGGGGAAAUACAAAGGUAUGAUCACCAGAGUUGCCAGCGCAAAGAAGAUGGACGCAGCCGUUAUUGCUGCCAUCAUAUCCAGAGAGACCAGAGCUGGAGCUGUUCAGCAGGAUGGAUGGGGGGACCAUGGCAAUGCCUUUGGCCUCAUGCAGGUUGACAAACGCUACCACACUCCAGUAGGUGCAUGGGACAGUGAGCAGCAUGUUGCACAAGCAACUGAUAUACUCAUUGGCUUUAUUAAAGAAAUCAAAGCCAAAUUUCCUCAGUGGUCUCAAGAGCAAUGCUUUAAAGGGGGAAUAUCAGCUUACAAUGCAGGUGUGGGGAAUGUCCGUUCAUAUGAGCGAAUGGAUGAUGGCACAACAGGAGGAGACUAUGCCAAUGAUGUUGUUGCCAGAGCCCAGUGGUUCAAAUACAAGGGUUACUGAAGAACAGCAGUUAUUGACCUGUAUAACUCAUCUUUCUAAAAUGAAUCUCUUGUUUGAACAAAUGGCAUAAUUUGAUCACUUAUCAUUAAAAUGACUUUACUUGUAAGAUUAUAUAAAUAAAGUAAGAAGAGGUUAUUAAUCAGAAUUUUCCUUCUUUUUUGGCUUUUUUAACCAUUGCUCAUAAAAUCUUUCCAUUUUAAUAGUAGGUGUGAAACCGUUUUUAAACUAUGACCAUUUCUGUCCAACUGCUUGUUAAUGCUAAAUGCCAUAAUGAUGAUGAUGGGAUGAAAUAAAACUCAUUUAUUCACUCAAA